ACAGCUUUAUUAGCAUACUCGUAACUCUUCUUUGGUCCUGGAGCCAUAUAUCCUUUGACAGAGGGUAUUUGAAACCCUACACGUUUAGAGGUCAACCUCCAACCAUUCCCGCCCUAGGCACCGGUCGACACAGUUAUCUGACUCGUGCAGUACGCUCGACACCAAAAGAAAACAACCGCAUCAAGGAUUCUCGUAUAACUUGUUGCUUCUUCGACAUGGUUAUUUUGGACGAGAAAUCUAAAAGUUUAUCGUGGGUAGACUGGGUUAUAAUCGCUGGCUAUUUUGUGCUGUGUUUAGGCGUUGGAUUGGUUUCCAAGUUCAGAAAACAAAGAGGAAAGGAUGAGACUGCAGAAGGAUACUUUUUGGCUGGAAGAACGAUGCUCUUCUGGGCGGUUGGGCCCAGUCUUUUCGCAAGUAACAUGGGAAGUGAACACUUCAUUGGCCUAGCGGGAUCUGGUGCUGCUACUGGGAUUGCAGUCGUUUCGUAUGAAUGGCAGGCAGUAUGGGUAUUGUUAUUGCUUGGCUGGGUCUUUGUUCCUAUUUAUUUGCGAUCAAGGGUGUUCACGAUGCCCGAGUACCUCAARAAGCGAUUUCAAAGUCCAUAUGUGAGAACGUACCUCACGAUAGCUGCUCUACUCUCGUACGUCUUCACCAAAACAUCGGUGGAUAUUUAUGCAGGAAGUCUUUUUCUGUACGAGGCAGUGGGAUGGAAUAUCUAUAUUUCAGCUGCAGUCGUUCUCGCCAUCACAGCUCUGUAUACUUUACUUGGUGGACUAAUGGCUGUAAUCUUUACUGACGUCCUGCAGUGUGCUAUCAUGAUCAUUGGUGCUAUUGUGUUAGCUYUUAUGAGUUUCAUAGAAGUCGGUGGUUAUGAUGGAUUAUGGUCCAAGUACGAAGAUGCAGUCGGUAAACCAUGGCAUGGCUCAGGGAAUGMCACUAAUGGUAGCAGCGUUGCCUACAAUACGUCCAAUGGUACCGAGGCUUGUUACAAGAUGACUCCUUACUGGGGUAACAUGUUUAGACCACUAGAUGACCCUGACUACCCCUGGUUGGGAUUAUGGACGACACUUCCUAUUAUGGGUGUCUGGUAUUGGUGUACAGACCAGGUGAUUGURCAACGUGUCCUCGGCGCUAAGAAUAAUUUACAUGCCAAAGCAGGCUCCAUAUUUGCAGGUCUGCUCAAGAUUUUACCGCUGUUUAUCAUGGUGAUGCCUGGUAUGAUCAGUAGAGUGCUGUWCUCUGAUUCCAUUGCAUGUGCUGACAGUGAGAGCUGUUUACAUUACUGUGACAAUAAAUGGGGCUGUACAAACAACGCUUACCCUAAGCUUGUGUUGAAUAUCCUCCCCACGGGUCUUGURGGRCUGAUGAUGGCUGUGAUGAUGGCWGCUCUUAUGUCGUCCUUAUCYUCAGCAUUCAACAGCAGUGCUACUAUAUUUACUGUUGAUGUAUGGAUUCUAUUCAGACCCAAGGCUACWGAGRGGGAGAAAGUGAUUGUAGGUCGAGUAGUCGUUYUAUUGCUUGUUGGUGUCAGUUUAUGCUGGCUACCCAUCAUACAAGGAGCGCAUGGCAGCCAAUUYUUCGUCUAUAUUCAAACCAUUCAAUCAUACCUCGCUCCACCUAUCACGAUGACCUUUGGGUUGGGWAUCUUGUGGCCGAGUUUAACGGAGGCUGGUGCCCUGUGUGGAUUGAUAGUCGGUCUAAUGAUGGGUCUUCUUAAGUUCAUAUUUGGUAAUGUAUAUCCUCCACCUGGGUGUGGCAAUCUGGACGACAGACCAGCAUUCGUGAAGUUGCACUUCAUGUGGUAUGGGUUGAUCAUAUUUGGAGUUGUUGGUAUCGUGGAAGUAUUGGUCAGUAUGUUCACAACUAAAGUACCUCGUGAAGAGCUUGGUGGGCUAACAUGGCCAACCAUUAACGAACGGCCCAUCUCACAUGGAGCAAUAGGUGAGGCAGGAUCGGAAACCUCGUCAGGGGGYAACAAGUACGAGCUCUCUCACGUGACACAGGGAAAGAAUGAAAACGUUACGAAUGGAGUCGAGAUAGGACGAGAUAAUCCGACCGUUCAGCUAGACGACGUCGAAACUCGACCGAAAUUCGUMGGACACAUCGAAGGUCAGAACCUUAAGACAGUGGAGUAUCUUGACGUGGUGCCAUUCGCUGAAGAGACCCCAUUACAGAAGAAUGCAUUGCGMGCUUUCAGCUUGACCACCUUAGCUACCCUUGUGUUUCUAUGGGUCUUCUACAGAUAACGCUUUAGAACUGGACUCCGGGCGACACUCAUUGACAAAACCACCCAUUAUCACCCCACCCUAUCCAUCCAAAUAGUUACGGAAUGACAUUAGCUUACAGCUAUCAUAAACUAGUCGCAUGACAAAAGCAGAUGGGUUUUAGAGACGAAUACUGAUAUGCGUAUUCAUAAUAACGUAGCCAAAGGGCUGAAUUAUAAAUAUAAUUGAUAAAUAGAAAAGGAAUGACUGAUGGAAAGAUAUAGAAGACGGUUGAAUUCGGGUAUUCCAUGAUCUUUUGGCAUUAAAAUGUAUGAUACUAGUGUGAA